AUGAAUGAUGAUGGAAAAAAUGGAAGUUCUCAAGGCUACUUUAUUCUACUGGGUUUUUCUAAUUGGCCUCAUCUGGAAGUGAUUCUUUUUGUAGUUAUCUUGGUGUUCUACUUGAUGACACUGAUUGGCAACCUAUUCAUCAUUAUCUUGUCAUACCUGGAUGCCCAUCUCCAUACUCCCAUGUACUUCUUCCUCUCAAACCUCUCUUUUCUGGAUCUAUGCUACACUACCAGCUCCAUCCCUCAGUUACUGGUCAACCUCUGGGGCCCAGAAAAGACCAUCUCUUAUGCAGGUUGCAUGAUUCAACUCUACUUUGUCCUUGCACUGGGAGCCACAGAGUGUGUCCUACUGGUGGUGAUGUCCUAUGACCGUUAUGCAGCUGUAUGUAGACCCUUGCAUUAUUCUGUCAUCAUGCACCCUCGUUUCUGUCACCUGUUGGCUGUGGCUUCUUGGGUAAGUGGCUUUACCGUCUCAGCACUUCAUUCUUCUUUUACCUUCUGGGUUCCCUUGUGUGGACAUCGCCAAGUAGAUCACUUCUUCUGUGAAGUUCCAGCCCUGCUACAACUCUCAUGUGUUGAUACCCAUGCUAAUGAGCUGACCCUCAUGGUUGUGAGUGCCAUUUUUGUGCUCUUACCUCUCAUUCUCAUACUCAGCUCCUAUGGUGCCAUUGCCCGGGCUGUGCUGAGGAUACAGUCUACAACUGGACUUCAGAAAGUCUUUCGGACAUGUGGAGCCCAUCUUAUGGUUGUAUCUCUCUUUUUCAUCCCAGUCAUGUGCAUAUAUCUCCAGCCACCAUCUGGGAACUCUCAAGAUCAAGGCAAGUUCAUUGCCCUCUUUUAUACUGUUGUCACACCUAGUUUCAACCCUCUAAUCUAUACACUCAGAAACAAAGAUGUAAGAGGGGCAGUAAAGAGACUGAUGGGCUGGGAGUGA